GUUUGGGGAAGGGUACAUUGGCACAGCAAACAUGGCUAAAAUAGCCUAUCUUCUUACCACUCUUUUAGUGGCUUUAGUGUCACUUAGCUUCCCUUCAGAAUGCAAAGCAAAUUACUACUAUACAUCUCCACCCCCACCAACCCCAGUUUAUAAGUAUAAGUCUCCGCCACCACCAGUUUAUAAGUACAAGUCACCACCACCACCACCUCCAGUUUACAAGUACAAAUCUCCACCACCACCUGUCUAUAAAUACAAGUCUCCACCACCACCAACUCCGGUUUAUAAGUACAAAUCUCCACCACCACCAGUCUACAAGUACAAGUCUCCACCACCACCAACUCCAGUU